CAGCGCUGCUGAGGUCAGCUGGUGGCGCAGCGUGAUGGGAACACGGCGCCAGGGCUGAAUUCAUGAAAUGUGCAGAUGUAAAAUCUGGCCUUAAUGUGAAGCUCUGUGACUGGCUGUUUGGUGGUGAAGUGCACCCUGGGAGUCGUAGUUCUCUGCUUGCUCUCAGUUUUCGUUAAUAUCUCAGGAGCAGGUUUCCUGUUGAUCACAAACUGACCGCGACAGGAAACAGGAAGCGGAAAUAACACCUCGCUUCAGUCACACAGAGCUGCAGAACCUGCAGAGCUCAUCUGGUCCCCGUUAUCACCCUAAACCACGAGUCCGGUCCCUCAGCUGGUAACGAGCCAGUAAACGAGGCUGCAGCUUUCCUCCUCACAGAACGGUUACCAGGCGCGUUACCACGGCAACAGUCUCAUCGCAGUCUCCAUCAGAGGCACAGGGGCGCUGAUCUGUGCGUGUGUGGCGCUGAGCCAAGCAGCCGACUCGCUCGAGGUUUGAUAACUUGGGUUUCAUAUUGUUCCCAGAAUGCAUCAGGGUGGCGUGGUGCCAGUUAACCCUGCCUGGACAGUGUGUGUGUGUCAAACAGAAGCAUGACAUCAUUGCGGCGGAGCUGAUCUUUAAAACGGCUGCAGACUUAUUUCCUGUCGAUCGGCUGAUGGAUCAGUCUCAGGCGUUCUCGCCUUUCUGUCCAGCGCAGUGAGGACACAAAGAGUCCUGAGCCGGGCGACCGAGGCUCGCUCCACACAGAGAGAGAGAGAAAGCUGCCUAGCAACACUCACACCAGCUGCAGCUGAUGAGUGAAGAAGAGAUGCAGAGAGAAAGCAACAGGAUGAUCAGCUGAUUCCACGUGGAUCAGUGACAGAUAUCAGAUCAAUACUGUGACUGAUGUGAGUCAUGUGUUCUGUUUGUGGACCGGCUCCUGGACCGGCUCCUGGACUGGCUCCUGGACCGGCUCCUGGACCGGCUCCUGGACCGGCUCCUGUUUGCUGAGGAGCCUUUGUUCCUGGCUGUGACGUCAUGCUGCACAGGAAACGACUGAUUGGAAACUGAUCACACAUCAGUUUGUUUCUCUCCUGCAGCUGUGACGUCAUAAUGUGACGUCACUUACUCUACCAGGUGGCAUUCCUGAGGGGGGGGGGGGUGAAACCAAAUUCCUCAGCUGCUGUCUGAUUGAGGGGGAAACGCAGCCCCCCCCUCCUCUGCAGCACACGGAGCUCCAGCAGGAACAAUAACCGGAGUCUGCAGUCUGUCUCUCCGGUUCUUUCUGCUCGCGGCUCCCGGAGCAGCAGGGACGGAUCCGGGCAUGAUGUCCGCCCCGCAGGUCUCCUCGUCCCGCAGACAGUCGUGUUAUCUGUGCGACCUGCCCCGCAUGCCCUGGGCCAUGAUCUGGGACUUCACCGAGCCUGUGUGCCGCGGCUGCGUCAACUACGAGGGCGCGGACCGGAUCGAGUUCGUCAUCGAGACAGCCCGCCACCUGAAGCGGGCUCACAGCUUCCAGGAGGCCCGGUCUCCCGCCGGCGGACCGCCUCCACCUCCGCAGCCCGCCGUGGCGAAGAGCCAGGCGGCUUUAAUGACCGGGAAGGAGCCGAUGGGGCAGCUGAACCACCACCAGCACCAGGCGGACGGACCGGGGAAGUCCCAGCAGCCCGGUUUGGACCGGUACUCGCUCGGUGCAGACAGCCGGGCUCGGUUUGACUACAGCGGGCACAGCAGCAGCAGGCUGCCCAACGGACUGGCCGGACCGAACGGGUUCAAACCGGACGACGGACCGCCCGAGCUGAACCGACAGAGCCCGAACUCGAGGAACAGGAUCCACGGCGGGCUGGUGUCGGCACCGGGACAGAUGAAUGUACCUCCGAACCUGCUGCCUCAGACCCUGUUGGCGAGCAGAACCAACCCUCUCGGUGUCUCCCUGCCCGGACAGGGGGGGCUGUCAGAUCCCGCAGGGAAGCGGCCCGCCUCGGUGUCCAGCACGGACCAGGAGCGGGAGCUGAAAGAGAAGCAGCGGAACGUGGAGGUUCUGGCCGAGCUGAGCGAGAGUCUCCGGAACCGGCAGGACGAGUGGGCGAGCAAGCCGAAGACGGUGAGGGACACGCUGGUCUCUCUGUCCGGAUCCACCCCGUUCGACGUCCGCUUCAAGAAGGACCACGGGCUGGUGGGCCGGGUGUUCGCCUUCGACGCCGUGUCCAAACCCGGGAUGGAGCACGAGCUGAAGAUCUUCAUCGAGUACCCGAGCGGCUCCGGGAACGUGUUCUCCAGCGCCUCGGGGGUGGCCAAGCAGAUGUACCAGGACUGCAUGAAGGACUUCGGCAGAGGGCUGUCCUCCGGGUUCAAGUACCUGGAGUACGAGAAGAAGCACGGCUCCGGGGACUGGCGCCUGCUGGGGGACCUGUUACCGGAGUCCCUGCGCUUCUUUAAGGAGGGGGUGGGGGGGGACAUGCUGCCGCAGCCCCACGUCGACGGCAGCUUCCCGCUGCUGCCCACCUCCCUGGUGCUCCCGGGCCGGGCUCUGGCUUCAGGCAGCGGGGGCAGCAGCUCCAGGGCCGGCGUGAGGAAGAGGAAAGCCUCCCCGGAGCCGGACUCUGCGGACCUGAAGCUGACGGAGGAGCAGCAGAGGCAGCAGUGGAUCAACAGCCAGACCGAAGCCCUCAAACUCUCCAUGGCGGCGAGCUCCUUCACCGGGCCGCCGCCUCCUCUCGGUCCGGGACACUCCGGCCCCCCCUCCGGCCGCGCCACCCCCCCGGACUCCUGCGCUCCUCCGCAGAACGGACAGUCCCCGAUGGCCGCGCUCAUGUCCGUGGCGGACACGCUCGCGAACGCGCACUCCCCCAACAAGGACAGGGACUCGGUCCACUCCACCACCUCCUCCAGACACAACGCCGGCAGCCCGGUGUCGCCCGCCUCCGCGUCCGGGCAGAGGCGCCUCUCGUCCCGCAACGGAGACCUCGGACUCUCCGCCGCGUCGCAGUCCGCCGGUGGCAUGGACCAGGCGCACGCGCAGAACGUGCCCGACUCCCCCAUGGCCAACAGCGGGCCGCUGUGCUGCACCAUCUGCCACGAACGCUUAGAGGACACGCACUUCGUUCAGUGUCCGUCCGUCCCCGGACACAAGUUCUGCUUCCCCUGCUCCAGAGAGAGCAUCAAGGCCCAGGGGGCCUCCGGGGAGGUGUACUGCCCCAGCGGGGAGAAGUGCCCGCUGGUCGGCUCCAACGUGCCCUGGGCCUUCAUGCAGGGGGAGAUAGCGACCAUCCUGGCCGGAGACGUGAAGGUGAAGAAGGAGCGGGACCCCUGAGGAGGAGGAGGAGGAGCCACAACUCCUCUCUGGACUUUCUGUCAGUGGAGCUUAUUGAUCUUUGACUCUUUUUGUUUUCUUCAGAAAUGUAUCGAUGCUGAUGGAGUGAUUAUUGAUCAGUCACGUGGGAUCUUUAAUCAGGUGAAACAGCAACAGAAUCCUUAGAAACACCUUUUACAACUUUGAAUUUUAUGAUGAGCAGGAAUGUAACUUGGUCCCAUAACAAUAUUUCAGUACUGAUUCAUUUAAUUUUAGGCCACACGCGGGUUUAUUAGCAGAUCUGAUGUGACCUGGUUUAAACAUGUGACCCAUGAUGUAAACCUGAGCGCUGCAGUCGCUGCACGCACUAAAGGAAACACCUCAAACAGAGUUUUAUUAGUCACACAGAAAAGCAGGUCUGUCUGAGGGGAUUCUGAGCCCUACAGCUCCAACUAAUGAUAAGUUGCAUUAUCAAUUAAUCUGUCAAUCAUUUUCUCGAUAGAUCGAAAAUUGUGACACGUGUCGAUCAGUGUUUCUCAGCCUGAGAUGGCGCCGUCCUUAAAUGUCUUGUUCUGUUCAAAACUCCUAAGAAAGCAGAACAUGUACAGAAAUUUAGACGUUUUGUCUUUAAAAAAAGUCUCAAAGCGUUUCAUCGAUUAUCACAAUAGUUGCAGAUUAAUUUAAUACUUGACAACAAAUUGAUUAAUCUGAUUGUUUCAGCUCUAGUCCCAAUAAAAACCGUCACAUCACUCCAGAUCAGUAAUUAUCAGGAGAAAUAUGAAGGUUUAUUUCUGCUCCUGAGUGAAAGUUAACGUAGUUUUAACUCUGCUCAGAACAAACUCUUGAUGCCAAACAGAAGAUCGCUUCACAGAUCAGACCUCUUCUGAUCAAAUCAACAAAAUAAAUAUCUUUAAAAAUAAAGUGCUGAUUCGUUGGUGGUUCAGAUGAGUGAAAUCAAACAUUUAUUGAACAUCAGUUAUGUUGUUACGUUGUGAUAAUGAUCGUUAGUGUUUUAUCGCCUGCGGAGAAACAGUUUCAGAGCUCGCUGUGUAGAACAGGCCUCAGAGAUGAUUGGUCCACAGACUCAGGGGCCUCCUGCUGCUGUCGGCCCUGAAGCCCGUCUGAAUGUUAAAGUUCAGAGGAGGAAUCUUUGUGCUGAGGAGAAGCUGCCGAUGAACCUCGGUUUACAGGAUCGCAGUCGCUCGACACGUUUCACAGAACUUCAGCUCCAAAGAGCUUCAAGUGCUGAUCAAAAGAAAAGCGCACUCACAGCUUCAGGUUCUGCGUUUCCUCCCUCACUAAGUAAACAUGAAGGAUUUUCAGCUUUUCAGACUUAAUUUUCCUUAAAUGAACCAGUUUUAGGCCAAAAUGACAAACUAGAUUAAAGGAAAGCGGCUCAGAGUUUCUCGCAGCUGCUCUCCUCCUGACAGGAAACAUUUAAACCUGCAGGGAGAUCCAGUCUGUUGAAAGGCUCGACCUUUAAUGAAGAUGUGAUGAACACUGAUAAUUUGUAAAGUCUGUGGUGGAGAGCAGAGGCGACGCGGUUCAUGAGUAGAUGAGACCGAUGAGCGCAGGUCCAGCCUCUCGUCCUGGACCCCAGAGUCCAGACCACUAAAUAAUCCAGCCGUUCAUCAGGAGGCUUUAAUUCAAUUCAGUUCAAUUUUAUUUAUAUAGCGCCAAAUCACAACAACAGUUAUCUCACAGCGCUUUUCAUAAAGAGCAGGUCUAGACCGUACUCUGUGAUGAUAUUUACAGAAGCCCAACA